AUGCCCGCAAUACUCAAAAAGCGAAAACGCGCCGCGCCCAAAGAGGACCCAGACACCAAAGACACGGCAGACGGCCUCGACGCAAUGGAGAUCUUCCGGCGGCACUUCGAGAGCCAGUUUGCGCCGCUGCCGGAGGUGAAGGGCUCCAAGAAGCCCAAGAAAGCCGUCAAGGGCUCGAAGCCGGGAAAAAGGGCCAAGACUGAGAUUGUCCAAGAAGACGAGGGUGAAGAUGACAGUGGUAGUGAGUGGGAGGGACUAUCAGAAGAAGAGGGUGACCAGAAACCCGCAGCCCCUGCCCCAGAGGUAAUCCACUUCACCUGCGGCGACCCCCUCCUCAAAACCGCCAAGCUCCCCAAAAGCAUCCUCAAGCCCUUCAUCUCCACCAAACCGCCCCCGCUGCGCACCCCCGACGCCCCCACCGCCCCCGCCAAAAGGCCCUCCUCCGACCCCGACUCCGAAGAAGACACCACCGCCGAAGCCCACCUGCUGCAGAACGACCUCGCGCUGCAGCGCCUCCUGCGCGAGUCCCACCUGCUCGACGAGAACCUCGAGGCCACGGGCAAGAACCGGCUCAAGGCGAUCGAGGCGCGCGUGCAGGCGCUGGGCGGGAAGGACCUGACGAAGCACAAGAUGCCGAUGGCGGACCGGGUGUGGAUGGAGAAGUCGCGGAAGGCGAAGGAGGAGAAGCGGCGGCGGGAGGCGCGGGAGGCGGGGGUUGUGCUGGAGAGGGAGGUGAGGGUCAAGAAGGAGGUGAAGAGAAGGGAGAGGGGGUUUGGGCCUAGUGUGGGCAAGUUUAGGAAUGGGACGCUGGUGCUGAGUAGGAGGGAUGUCAUGGAUAUUGAGGGGAGGAGUGGGGGGGAGGGGAGGGGGGGGAAGGGGAAGAAGAGGAGGUAG